GGAAGCUCAGCUCAAAAUGCUGAACUGCUUCUGGAAGUCUCUGGUGCUGUGCUAGUUGGAGUCUGUUCUCGGGCCUGAGCCUCGAGGCUAGGCUCCUGGGUGUCGUUAAUGUUCGGGGCCGCCGGGCGCCAACCGAUCGGAGCUCCAGCCGCCGGGAACAGCUGGCAUUUCAGUCGAACCAUGGAAGAACUGGUUCAUGAUCUUGUCUCUGCUUUGGAGGAGAGCUCAGAGCAAGCUCGAGGUGGAUUUGCUGAAACAGGCGAUCAUUCUCGAAGUAUGUCUUGUCCUCUGAAACGCCAGGCAAGGAAAAGGAGAGGGAGAAAACGAAGGUCGUAUAAUGUUCAUCACCCUUGGGAGCCUGGCCACUGCUUAAGUGAAGGCACGGAUUCUAGUUUAGAGGAACCAAGCAAGGACUACAGAGAAAAUCACAAUAAUAAUAAAAAAGAUCAUAGUGACUCUGAUGACCAAAUGUUAGUGGCUAAGCGCAGGCCAUCAUCAAACUUAAACAAUAAUGUACGAGGAAAAAGACCUCUGUGGCACGAAUCGGAUUUUGCUGUGGACAACCUUGGGAACAGAACUCUGCGCAGAAGGAGAAAGGUAAAACGCAUGGCAGUUGACCUCCCACAGGACAUCUCUAACAAACGGACAAUGACCCAGCCCCUUGAAGGUUGUAGAGAUCAGGACAUGGACAAUGACAGAGCUUACCAAUAUCAAGAGUUUACCAAGAACAAAGUCAAAAAAAGGAAAUUGAAAAUAAUUAGACAAGGGCCAAAAAUCCAAGAUGAAGGAGUAGUUUUAGAAAGUGAGGAAAUGAGCCAGACCAGUAAGGACAAAAUGGACUAUGAAGAGCAAAAAGUCUCAGAUGAACUCAUGAGUGAAAGUGACUCCAGCAGUCUCAGCAGCACUGAUGCUGGCUUAUUUACCAAUGAUGAGGGAAGACAAGGUGACGAUGAGCAGAGUGACUGGUUUUAUGAGAAGGAAUCAGGUGGAGCGUGUGGCAUCACUGGAGUUGUGCCCUGGUGGGAAAAGGAAGAUCCUACUGAGCUAGACAAAAAUUUACCAGAUCCUGUCUUUGAAAGUAUCUUAACUGGUUCUUUCCCUCUAAUGUCGCAUCCGGGAAGAAGAGGUUUUCAAGCUAGACUCAGUCGCCUUCAUGGAAUGCCUUCCAAGAACAUUAAAAAAUCAGGAGGGACCACAACUUCAAUGGUGAGCACCCCUGGUCCUGUCAAUAACAAGAGGAUGGUUCACUUUUCCCCAGAUUCUCAUCACCAUGACCAUUGGUUUAGCCCUGGUGCUAGGACAGAGCAUGGCCAGCAUCAGCUUCUGAGAGAUAACCGAGCUGAAAGAGGACACAAGAAAAACUGUUCUGUGAAAACAGCCAGCAGGCAAACAAGCAUGCAUUUAGGAUCCUUAUGCACAGGAGAUAUCAAACGGAGAAGAAAAGCUGCACCUUUGCCUGGACCUACUACAGCAGGAUUUGUAGGGGAAAACGCCCAGCCAAUCCUAGAAAACAACAUUGGAAACCGAAUGCUCCAGAACAUGGGCUGGACACCUGGGUCAGGCCUUGGACGAGAUGGCAAGGGGAUCGCUGAGCCCAUUCAAGCCAUGCAGAGGCCAAAAGGAUUAGGUCUUGGAUUUCCUCUACCAAAAAGCACCCCUGCAGCUCCCACUCCCAAUGCAGGAAAAUCCGCCUAAGAAGAAAAGCAAAGAAGAAAUGUUUUACAAUUUUUAUUCACGAUAUAGAUCCCAUUGUCCUAAAAUUACAACCUAGCUUCCAUUUUUGAAGCAGAAAUCUACAUUGCCUCAAACUCAUCACUCUAGCGUCCUAACCGCAUACAGUCCAGCCACAGUGAGAGAGAUGGGGCUCCGUCACAGUGCCUGGUGCUAAAGUGAAAACCUUCACCUUUUGCAGUUUUCAGCUAUUUCUAGGUAUAAGGAACACUUACUUCUCCUAUUUAUUUUGAUCUCAUAGGUCAGUCAUUUCUAGCUUGAUUCGUUCGUGUGUGUGUGUGUGUGAUGCCCAGGCAAAUGAGAGCACACCCACAGGUUUCUCGAAUGGGAUAGGCCAGAGAGGGUGGUGUUUCUAUCAUCCCUAGAACUUGAAAGACCUCGCAUUACAUCAGUGAAGUCCUAAGCAAAUCUUUGUGUGAAAGGCUUGCCAAUUUCACGUUCUGAUUUUGGCUCUUUUGUAAGGAUUCUGUAACAGGGUGAUCCCAAUUAUCUCUCCUUGGACAGUGUAGGAUAAAGUUCACAGCUGACAAACAACAAUUAAUAUUUCCCUCUGACAUUCUGACCAAAAUAAACCUCAACAUUGUAAUCACCAGAGUGCCCACAACAUUACCUUAAUGCAGAUUUUACAAAUUUUACCUCAUCUAGAACAGAAAAUAAUUAUUGAAAGAAAAAUGUAUUUUUUAAAUUCACCAUGACUGAACUGUAAAUUCUAUUAAUCUAGACUGACUUCUACCUCUCUCUUCCCAAAGGUUGAUAUUUUUUUAAGAUCAGCGCAACUGUGGUAAACUAAUUUUCAGUUUUAACCAUUGGAGUACUUACUAGAAUUAUCGAAUCAGUUUGUUUGAAAAUCUAAAUGGCUCUCCCAAGAAUUCAGAUUUCUGGCAAUGAUCCAGCCAGAUUACCAGUUUACAAGGUGAACAAGAAAAUGAAUGGUGAUAAUUUGCUGUCUAACAUCUAGGUAGUUACUUUAAAACCAAGCAAAACAAGUCAUUUUUAUUAUGUGCCUCCUAUUAUUACUAUUUUUGAAUCAUCUGCUUUGUAAUGCCAGAGGUUCUAAAUAGCCCUUAGCUUAGGAGAUGAUCCUCAUUAUUAAGGACUGAUAAUAUAUUUAUAAUGGCUUUUAUUGGUUGAGUAAAGGUCGGGCUAACACAUGUGAAUCACCUUUCUGAUGGAGUUUUUUAAGGCUUUUUUUUUUUCAAGAGCAGUUUUAGGUUCACAGAAAAAUUAAGAAAGUACAGAGAUUUCUCAUAUACCCUCUGCCCCCAAACAUGCAUGGCCUCCCCCAUUAUUAUCCAGAGUGGGACUUUUGUUACGAUCAAUAAGCCUACAUUGACACAUCAUAGUCACCCAAAGUUCAUAGCUGACCUUGCAGUUCACUCUGGUUUUGUACAUUCCGUAGGUUUGGAUAAAUGUAUAAUGACGGGAUCCACCAUUGCAGUAUUCACACAGAGCAGUCUCACGACCCAGAAAAUCCUCAAUGCUCCAUUGUAGUAGGUUCUAGAAAAUUUUGCAAAUUUUUUUUAAAGGAUAAAGAGGAGAUUUGUGCAGAUAGUAGACCUUUCCUAGGUGGUCUCGUAACUGCCAGUUGGGGAGAAAAAGGUCUGUGGUUUGCCAAAUGUACACGUUUAAGAAUUAUCUUCUUUCCUAGGGGUAUUGUGGUUAAGAGGACAGGUUGGUUAAGAGAUUAUAGACUACACAGGUAAAUUGCUCUUUUGAGGCAUUCUUAUUGGAUAGAGUAACCCUGUAGUAUGAUUAUUUUUAUAAGUUUGUUUCUUGAAAAUUUGUCAUUU